UGAGCCCAGCAUCCCAGACUUGGGUGACUACACAGGCAAGCAUUCGAAGACAACUUCACUUGAGUACCCUAACCCUCUACAGAGCUCAAGGUGCUGGCUCUCUGAGCAGACUAGAGGCUUUUAAAUAGCAAAGCUCCCUGCUCUCAGUGCCCAGCAUCAUGGGGAAGGGAGACACCUUGGAGGUAGCACCACCCACCUUGGCCUACCGCUCUGUCAUGGAGGAGUGUUACGAAGUGGGCAAGGUCAUUGGUAAUGGCUCCUAUGGCACGGUGUAUGAGGCUUACUACACCAAGCAGAAGGUCAUGUUGGCUGUCAAGAUUAUCUCAAAGAAGGCCUCAGAGGACUAUCUUAACAAGUUCCUGUCCAGUGAGAUACAGGUAAUGAAGGUCCUGCAGCACAAGUACCUCACCAACUUCUACCAGGCCAUUGAGACCACAUCCCGAGUGUACAUCAUUCUGGAGCUGGCUCAGGGUGGUGACGUCCUUGAAUGGAUCCAGCGCUAUGGGGCCUGCUCUGAGCCCCUUGCUGGCAAGUGGUUCUCCCAGAUGACCCUGGGCAUCGCCUACUUGCACAGCAAGGGCAUUGUGCACCAGGACUUAAAGUUGGAGAACCUGUUGCUGGACAAGUGGGAGAAUGUGAAGAUAUCGGACUUUGGUUUUGCCAAGAUGGUGCCUUCUAACCAGUCUGUGCGCAGUAGCCCUUCCUACCGCCAAGUGAACUGCUUUACCCACCUCAGCCAGACUUACUGUGGCAGCUUUGCUUAUGCCUGCCCGGAGAUCUUGCUAGGCUUGCCCUACCCUUUCCUGUCCGAUACCUGGAGCAUGGGCGUCAUCCUCUACACCCUGGUGGUUGCCCAUUUGCCCUCUGACUCCAAUCUCAAGAAGCUGCUGAGAGAGACUCAGAAGGAGGUCACAUUUCCAUCUAACCACUCCGUUUCCCAGAGCAAGGUGCUGGCUUCCCCAGGAGGGCUGAGGUCCAACUGCUCACUGCCUAACCUGGUCCUCCAGAUGCUACGCCAAGCCACCAAGUGCACCACCAUCAUGGACAUCAAGGAUCCCUGGGUGCUCAAGUUCCAGCCUGAGCCACCCACUCAUGAGAUACGGCUGCUUGAGGUCAUGUGCCAGCCUCCCAGCAACACUAACCAUCACCAGCCCUUGGAAAUCAAUACAUGAGAGUGGCUGAGGGAGGGGGUCGAGAGAGGAGCAAAGCAGGAGGGUCUGGGGCUAUGAAAAUCUUUUUUACCAAAAAUAAAUCUAAUUCUGAUUUAG